UAGAUCUUAUGCAUAAAUCAUAUAACCAAAAGCUAUUUUUUUAAGCAAAUAAUUGAAGCUCAAAGAUGGCAUCAAAUCAAGAAGAGGUGAAGCUUUUUGGAAUGAGAGGAAGUCCAUUUGCAACAAGGGUACACAUAGCUCUAAAAUUGAAGGGAAUUGAAUACGAAUAUGUAGAUGAAAAAUGGGGAAACUUUAGUGAAACACUCAUCAAAUAUAAUCCAGUUUAUAAAAAAGUUCCUGUAUUAGUUCAUAAUAAAAAACCCAUUUUAGAAUCAAUUUUAAUUCUUGAGUACAUCGAUGAAAUUUGGAAGCAAAAUCCAAUCUUACCUUCUGAUCCUUACAAACGAGCCCAGGCUCGUUUCUGGUCUAAAUUCAUAGAUGAUAAGAUUUUGAGUGCUGUACCAAAAGUUACUACUUGUCAUGAUGAAAAGGAACGUGAGGAGAUUUUUAAGGAAGUAGAAGUGGCUUUACAAUUUCUUGAGAAUGAGCUCAAGGAUAAAUUCUUUGGUGGAGAAAAGAUUGGGAUUGUUGAUAUUACUGCUUCUUUUGUAGCUUUUUGGUUACCUGUUAUACAAGAAGCUGCAGGGUUGAAGUUGUUUACUAGUGAGAAAUUUCCUAAGCUUUAUAAAUGGAGUGAGGACUUCAACAAUCAUCCAAUUGUGAAGGAACAAUUGCCUCCAAGAGAAUUUAUUUUGGCCUUCUUCAAAGCUCGUUUUGAAAGUCUUGCUGCUUCAAAAUAGAUUAUGAGGAUACAUAGUUGAGGAAUUUGAGAUUGGUGUGAAGUAUUUGUUUGCAUUUUGUUGUUUUUGUGUGAAUUUUCAUAUGGAAUUAGAUUAUGUAACCUAUGAGUUCUUA